CCCACUUCCGGUCUCCCCCCGUAGCACGGCCCGCGGCUCCGGCGAUCAGGCGGUAGCGGCCCGACGGCUCCCAGCGCGGCGCUCCCGCCCCGGCCCUCGGGCCCCCCAGCGCCCGCCGAGUUCUCAUUGCAGGUUAAGACGCUGCUCGCCCGGUGUUGUUGUGUUGUGCGUGUGCUGAGCUGUGUGUUUCCCGCAGAUGUCGGAAGACCUCGCCAAGCAGUUAGCCAGCUACAAGGCCCAGCUCCAGCAGGUCGAGGCGGCCUUGUCUGGGAACGCCGACAAUGAGGACUUGCUAAAGCUGAAGAAGGACUUACAGGAAGUCAUCGAACUAACCAAAGAUCUCCUUUCAACACAACCUUCAGAAACUCUCGCAAGUUCUGACAGUUCUGCUUCUGCUCUUCCCAGUCACUCCUGGAAGGUUGGGGACAGGUGUAUGGCAAUAUGGAGUGAAGAUGGACAGUGUUAUGAAGCUGAGAUUGAAGAAAUAGAUGAGGAGAAUGGAACAGCUGCAGUCACUUUUGCUGGAUAUGGGAAUGCUGAAGUUACACCGCUGUUCAACCUCAAGCCUGUGGAAGAGGGAAGAAAAGCAAAAGAGGACAGUGGCAACAAACCCAUGUCCAAAAAAGAAAUGAUAGCUCAGCAACGGGAGUAUAAAAAGAAGAAAGCUUUGAAAAAAGCUCAGAGAAUUAAAGAACUUGAACAGGAACGGGAGGACCAGAAAGUCAAAUGGCAACAGUUCAACAACAGAGCAUACUCUAAAAACAAAAAAGGCCAGGUAAAGCGGAGUAUUUUUGCUUCCCCAGAGAGUGUAACCGGCAAAGUUGGAGUUGGAACAUGUGGAAUUGCAGACAAACCUAUGACACAGUAUCAAGAUACCUCUAAAUAUAACGUCAGGCAUUUGAUGCCUCAGUAGCAGGGGAAAAAAGGUCGAACUUCAUCUCUGCAGGGCUUUUCACUUAUCUUUUUAUCAUUAUAUUUUUCUAAAAGUAAAUUAUUUGUCGGCACAUAGCAAGUAGUCCAUUUUGUCACCAUCACUUUGGCUUCAGCUGAUAUGAGCCUUAAAUUUCCAACUAUUGAUUUGACUCCCCUCAUCAUCUUUUUUUUGGUAGUUGCAUUAAAAUACAUUCUGCGGGUAAAUACUUUCAUGAACUGCUGCUAAGAGCAGUAGUUACCUGGAAGUUUGAUCUCUAGAAUCUUCCAUUUGUACGGAUACUGAAGUUUUCUUUUCUUUUCCUUAAGAAAAGUGGUGGUAUAAAAAUGGCACCUUUAAGCCUCCCUCAUUUCUGUAGUCACAGUGCUGUCUGGUCUCAGUGACAAGCUCAGUGUUACAGAGCUGCUGCGGCGCUGGGAGAAAGAUUCCAUCGUAGCUUGAAGUCAUGUGGAAUUGCAAGGGAGGUUCUAAAUUACUCCCUUACGAGUCCACUGCAGAUAGAUUUGUACAGCUGUGAAUGAGGGCAGAACAGGGCUGAUGUGAUCUUUAUUACUAAGUAUGAUUCAUGUGCUAGAAACAAUAAAUCUGACUUCCAUUCCAGUCUAAAUUUCCUGUGCUAAAAGUUAAGUAGAGGAGAUCUUUUUUUUUCUUUAAUAACUCAUCAAAUUUGAACAGGAAGUUAUUGAACUGUAACCAGAACAACAUAGGAAGAGACUCCAGUUCCAAAGAUCGGAACUGUACUUAAAGCAGUGCCCCCUUGCCCCAGGGAUUAGAGGUGGGAGAACUCUAGCUGGUUAUGCUUUGGAAAUGUCAUCACCUCCCCUCUUGUAGUUUUCAAACUUAGAGUUUCGAUGGUAUGGUCACAGACCUUGAACAGACAGAACAUCUCGUGUCUGGGCUGCCUCCAUCCAGUAAAGUAGUACUGAAGCAUAGCAGGUAUGAAUGCCUAGAUCCCACUUAGUUGUGAGUGAGUGAAGGUUAGUCUCAAGUUUCUGUCCGUAAAUAACCGACUGGCCCUAGUGUUCAUUGUAACUUCAGCUGUAUUACAGUGCUGCUGAGCCCCUUCAGUUCUAUUCAGGAAACCACGUGUAAAAGCUCUUGCUUUUUUUGUAUUUUAUGUGAUUUGCCUUUCUUCUGUUAUUUGUCUCCCACUUACGGUAGUGGUGCCAUCUCUGAAUCCGUAUUGUGUUUAAAGAACUUAAUGGGUAGCCCUGUAUACAAUGUAGAUAUUAUUUUUGUAAAAUCUAGGGCUGAGUUAAUGGACAAGAGUACAUCAGCUGUUUCCCCCAUUAAAUGAUUAAAGGGUGCACCUUGUUCAUUAACCCUGACCGUUAUUUCCCUGUAUAUUAUGUUAAUGUAGCUCAUUUUGUAAUUUGUUACCUAGAUCAGGUCACGUCAGCAAUUGUUGAUGCACUGAUUGGUGGAGAUGUCCAUCAGUUACCUGAGUCACAACUCAAGCUAAACUCUACAACUGGUAGUUUAGAAUCCAUGCAUAGAAAGAAGUUUUCCCUAUAAUGGGAGAAGGUGAUUUUUAUGAAUACAAAGUGUGUUAAUUUCAGUUUUGUAUGUUUAACUUUUAUUAAAUAAAGUGUUUAAAAUCUGCUGGA